AACCAUAAACCCUCAAGUUCAGGCGUCGCCGCCUACAUUCUUCUUCAGUUGACGGCAACACAAUCUUCAAUCCACGGCUGCUAUCGUCAAACAAAAUGUGAAAACAGUGUUAAUAUCCCCAAUUUCUCUCAGCCACAUGAGAAAGCCGAAAAUUUCUCUAGAAAUUUCAUCUCGAGCUUCAAAUCUUUUAUUUUCAAAACACCAAAUUCCCAUUCCCCAAACGCUGUUGAAGAUUGAAAUUUGGUUGUGAUACUGUGAACUCCGCUUCCCAUUCUUCUCCCCCAUGUUUCGCCGAUUCCUCGGCAUUAAAUGCCACAAUCCUAUUCCUUUUUCUAAUUUACUCGACCCCUUUUCCCCCAAAUUCAAACUCAUUCAAUUAUUCCCUCUAACCCUGCAAUUUUUCUCCUCCAUUUCUCAAUUGGAUGAUGCUCGAAGACCCUUUUCCUCCACCAUUCCGCCGCCCGACGAAGCCGGUCGAUCGGAGUUGCGUUCCGUUAAGGUUUCGCUUAGUUCUUUGUUUAGCUCCAGCCCAUUGGUGCUUAAUCCAAGACCUUUGGCUUUUGUGAUCACUGGCCCAAGCGGGGUGGGAAAGGGUACUGUGAUUAAACGAUUGAGAGAAGUUCGAGAAAGGCUCCAUUUCGCUGUUACAGUGACGAGCCGUCCAAUUCGACCUGGUGAAGUCGAUGGAAAAGACUAUUAUUUCGUCUCUAAGGAAGAGUUCCUUGCUAUGGUUGAGAGGAAAGAGCUUCUGGAAUAUGCGUUUGUGUAUGGAGAUUACAGGGGGAUUCCCAAAGGGCAAAUUCAUGAGUUUAUGGCAAAAGGGUAUGAUAUUGUGUUGAGAGUUGAUAUUCAAGGGGCUGAAACAUUGAAGAGGAUUUUUCGGACAUCUGCUGUUUCUGUGUUUUUGAUGGCGGAAAGUGAGGUUGAAUUAGUGGAGAGGUUGAUUGAUAAGAGAACGGAGACUAAAGAAUCGUUGUUGGUGAGAGUUGCAACGGCUAGAGAGGAAGUGAAGCAUAUUAAGAAUUUUGAUUAUGUGGUUGUGAAUGCAGAUGGGAAGUUGGAGAGUGCGGUUAAGCUUGUGGAAUCCAUUAUUGAUGCUGAGAAGGCAAAGGUCUUGCAUAGAAAAGCUGUUGUUUAGAUUCAGCUUUUGAGACAUCAUUUUGCAAGGGACUGUUUGGGAGUUUCUUUAUGAUUGAUGAUCCACCCCUCAUGAAAGUAUAAAUUCUAAGCUUUUGAUUAGGCCACAUCCAACUACUGUGCUUUUACAAUUCAUCGUGUUCCCUAACGCCAUAACUUACCUGAGUAUGUCACAUGGAAGAUCCUUACAAAUUGUGCUCAAUCAAGAUUGAUAUUUCAUCCCUAACGCAAUGGAUCGUAAAAAUAAUCAAAAGGUUAUGAUUGAUACUUUUAUGAGGGGUAGAUUACUCCCAAAGAAGUUAACGGUACAAAAAUCUCCUCAAAUGCCUGGUAUGUAUCAAGAGAGAUGUUUUCAUUAUUUAUGUAUUCAAGAUGUUACUUUUAACAGGUUACAUCUCAACGCUUAGCUGAAUAGUAUACAGUCUUGUUGUAUCUGAUCUUAAAGACUUGGUCAGUGUGUUAUACUACAUUAUCUGAAUAGUAUACAGACUUGUAGUUUUUAUA